AUUGUAUUCCUUCUUUUUGUGCAUCUAUCAAGAUAAAUUUGUCUUUUUCAGGAGUGGAAGGAGGUGAAACAGCCAUUAAGAUGGCAAGGAAAUGGGGAUACAUUAAGAAAAAGAUUCCUGAAAAUAAGGCAAAAGUUGUAUUUGUGGAAGGGAACUUCUGGGGGCGAACACUUGCAGCAGUUUCCAGUUCUACAGAUCCAGAAUGUUACGGAGGAUUUGGGCCCUUCAUGCCUGGUUUCUCUGUUAUUCCUUAUGACAACCUGUCAGCACUUGAGGAAGCUCUAAAGGAUCCACAUGUGUGUGCAUUUAUGUGUGAACCCAUUCAAGGGGAAGCAGGUGUGGUUGUCCCAAAAGAAGGUUACCUUAGAGGAGUGAGGGCUCUCUGCUCACAAUACAAUGUGCUGUGGAUUGCCGAUGAAGUUCAGACUGGACUAGGAAGAACUGGAAAGCUUCUUGCUGUUGAUCAUGAAAACGUGAGACCUGAUAUACUUGUACUUGGAAAGGCUCUCUCAGGAGGAGUGUACCCAAAGUGUACACUUCCUUUUGAAGAAUUAUAUGAACCUGAUUCAGUGGCGGAUCCAAGGAGGAGCCAAAGAGGCCAUGUGGCCAGUUCUUUCUCCAGCAACAUGUUUUGUAAUAUACUAAAAUGGCUAAAAUUCAGAUUUGAGAUAUACUUACAAACCAAUUUUCACAAUUUUGUUACACAGGUCUCAGCAGUAUUAGCCAACGAUGACAUUGUUUUGUGCAUUAAACCUGGUGAACAUGGAUCCACAUAUGGAGGAAAUCCUCUGGCAUGUAAAGUGGCAACAGCUGCACUAGAAGUCAUUAAAAAUGAAAGGUUAAUAGAAAAUGCUGAUGUUAUGGGAAAAAUACUAAUGGGAGAACUGAAAAAACUUCCGAGUGAUAUCGUAAAACUUGUACGAGGGAAGGGACUUCUGAAUGCAAUUGUAAUUCAAAAAGAGUAUGAUGCCUGGGAUGUCUGCCUUAAACUGAGAGACAAUGGUCUUCUUGCGAAGCCUACUCACGGAGAUAUCAUUAGACUUGCUCCACCUCUCAUUAUAACGGAGGAACAGCUGCUCGAUUGUGUUUCUAUUAUCAAAGAGACUAUUGAAUCUUUAAGAAAAUAAUGUAAAUAAUAUUUUUAAAAGACAGUUGAAAUAUUCUUUUGCUUAUUAUUUUGCUCAUUGUUAAGAAAAUACUAAAAAUUAUUUUCAGGUUUCAAUACAUUAUUAAAUUGUUCUCAUAAAAGAUUGAAAUUCAAACAUUUUACAUAUGCAAACAAAAUUUUCUGAACGACAUUGUUAUAAAUGAAAAACAUAUCAUUGUAUUUUUGAUAAAAUAUUGAUUUAUUCCAAAAAUUAUGAUAUAUUUAUUGAAAACAAAAUUUCCAUCUCCUCAGAUUUAUUUAGUAUAUUGACCCAACCUGACAGUAACUGGAGAGAGCUUGAAUGAUUAGCUAACUGAUUGAUUGAUUGAAAGCAGUAGCAGAAAGAAAUGAAUGAGGGCCCACCCGGCAAACUUUUCUCCGGGCCCCCGUUCUAAAAGUGUAUAGCAAACGUAAGUUGUUUUAGUACCUUAAAUAAUAAAAAUGCGCCCUAAAAAUAGGCACUCUUUUACACGGACCCAGCUGCAUUGUGGGCCUUGCUGGCAUGAACGUUAAGCCACUGAUUGAAAGGUCUUAAGUUUUUAGAUUGAUUUUAAGAUAAUUGUUUCCAGAGCAAUUAGGUGUUUCUACCAAUAACAAUGAACAAUGAAAAGUAAAAUCUACCACCUUUUAUUACAUAUGAAAAGGCAUAUGUCAAAGUGAACUGCAGAGACUGGGAAAUACUUGAAAAGGAGAAAAUCCAUUGCUUAAGGAAAUCCAAGACUUAUACAAGAACUCAUAAAAUAUAACAAGAACUUAGAAAAUACUGCUAAGAGAGGAAGAAAAGUCUGUAGCAAAAACAACCACCAGUGGUUGUAGGCAAGGGUGAGGAUUAUCACCCUUGUCAACAUAUAUGUAUAUUCACCACCUAGUGAGAAAAUGGAGAAGGGAAGCUAACCAGGGAAUAUAAAUCAGAAAAGAUGGAUACAAUGUCGUAUGUUGAUGACCAAACUGUUAUAAUGGUUUCUGGAGAUGAUUUACAAUGAGC